AUGGCGGAAGAGAAGAAGAAUAGACCAAAAAGACAGUAUCAGGUCUGGAAAGGAAGCAAUAGAUUCUUAUGUGGAGGAAGAUUAAUCUUCGGUCCCGACAUCGCUUCUCUGUUGUUCUCCUUGCUCCUGGUUGCAGGCCCCGCGGUAACUUUCUGUUUCAAAGUCCAUAACAUCAUAAGUCAUAACAAGAAAGAUGUUGGUGGUUAUUGGUAUUUAGUGUUAAUUGUUGCAGCAUCUCUCACUUGUUUGGAUAUAAUAUUUUUCUUCAUGACGGCUAGUAGAGACCCUGGUAUAGUGCCACGAAAUACCUCACCACCUGACCCUGACGAAACAAAUGAAAUGAACACCCCUUCAAUGGAAUGGAUCCAUGGAAGAACUCCUCAUUUGAGAUUGCCAAGAUCAAAAGAUGUUAUUGUCAACGGUCACACUGUGAAAGUCAAAUAUUGUGACACAUGUAUGCUCUAUCGUCCUCCACGAGCCUCUCAUUGCUCUCUCUGCAACAAUUGUGUUCAGAGAUUUGACCAUCAUUGUCCAUGGGUCGGUCAGUGCAUUGGACUACGUAACUAUCGAUACUUCUACAUGUUUAUAUCAACCUCAACUAUAUUGUGCAUGUAUGUGUUCACAUUCUCAUGGGUCAACUUACAUCAACAAAGCCAAGGGGACACCAUUUGGAAGGCUAUGUCAAGAGAAAUAUUGUCAGAUUUUCUUAUAGUUUACUGCUUCAUUGCAGUUUGGUUUGUGGGUGGCCUAACAGUCUUUCAUUUCUAUCUCAUUUGCUCUAAUCAGACAACAUAUGAAAACUUUCGCUAUCGAUAUGAUAAGAAGGAGAAUCCAUAUCACAAGGGGGUAAAACAGAACCUUAUAGAAGUCUUUUUUUCAAGGAUCCCUCCUUCACUAAAUGAUUUCAGGGCAUAUAUACAUGAGGAAGACAGUUUAGUGAUGGACUGCGCAAGUCUAAAUCUCGAGGAUCCUCCAAAGGAAAAAAUUGACAUGGAAUCUGGAACUUCCUUUGCAGAAGCAAGUGGCAUUUCACUUCCUCAAAUCUUACAAAAUUUACACAAUGACUACUCAGAGGAGAACACGAGAAGUAAGUUAGGAAAUGGGGCAACGGAUACUCUCCUUUCUCCUUUUCUUUUUGAAACAAACGAUGUAGCUCCUGAUUUGGCCAUAGAAAAGAGGCCCGAAGAUGGUACUAAUGAAGAAGAGAGCACGGAAAUUAAGAUGGGGGGUGGGACACAACCCGAUUGUCUCCCUUCUCCAUUUAUUUUUGAAACAAACGGUGCAGCUCCUGAUUUGGUCAUAGAAAACAAGAAGCCCGAUAAUGGUACUAAUGAAGAAUCUAUAACUCUUGCAAUUCACACCAUUCAUCAAAUAUAG